GGAAAAAGAGACGUGAAUGUCAUGCCCCACCUAGAAGCCCAAGAAAUUUUAAAAAACUGGUUGCCAGUAGAUAUUUAUAUUGGAGGACAAGAACACGCCAAUUUACACUUGUUAUAUGCUCGUUUUUGGCAUAAAAUAUUACACAAAAUUGGUGUGGUUUCUCACCCCGAACCUUUUCAAAAAUUAAUUUGCCAAGGCAUGAUUUUAGGAGCCGACGGCGAAAAAAUUCAGUCUUUUAG